AUGGAUUCCUCCAUAUCUUCAAUCUUUAGCGGGUUUCAAUAUAAAGCUUACUGCAAACACAACAAUCAACCCAACAACAACAACUUCAAGAACAUUGGCAACAUCAGCAACAACAUCAAUAACAACAACAACAACAACAACAACAACAUUAGCAACAACAACAUUAAUAACAGCAUCAACAACAAUAACACUGGCAGCAGCGACAACAACACAUUUGACAUCAAAAACAUACAGACCAAUAGCAACACCAACGUUAACAACAGUAUCAGAAAUAAUACAAAUAACAACAACAACAAAUACGACAUUAAAAACAUCAACUACAUUAACUACGACACCGACAACAUCAGCAACAAUCUAAAUGUAGGGAAGCACAAGUUAAAGUUUAAACAAAGCUCGCAAGAAAGAUACACUCACAAUGAUGCAAACGAUGAUAGAUUCUAUAAUAAGUGUGACAGCAACGAUGGUGUCCGUGACAUUAAAGUCACCGAUAAUAACAUCAACACGAAUUUGAAAACAAAAAUUGAGGACAACAACAGCAACAGAAAUUGUAAAAACAUUAUCAACCACUGCCUUAGAGUAAAAGUCAAAUACAACAACAUCAGCAGCAACAUCAGCAAUAACAACAACAACAACAACAUGGAUAACAUUAAAAACAUAAUUACGUCAUCAAAACAAAGAUUUAUGGUUAAAAUUUGUGUUGUGAAACUAAUUUAA